CAAAAGUAAAAUUUUGGCACGGUCUGUGACUCAAUGAGGUGAAAAUUGCAGGGAAGGUGGAGAGGGAAGGGGCCAAUGAGGCGAUGAGUUCAGCACAGCGGGAGGCAAUAAAUAGGUCCGAGACCACCGUGCGAGCUCCCCCUUCCAGGUUGCCACAUCAUCCGUGCAAAACCCCUCCACUCCCUCUCCCCUUCACCCUCUGCUCCCACAACUUCCUUUCUCUACAUCUCACCUCACGUUUUCUUACGAAUUAAAUCAAAAUGGGAAAGGAUAAAACCCAUGUGAACGUCGUCGUCAUCGGCCACGUGGACUCUGGAAAGUCGACCACUACCGGUCACCUGAUCUACAAGUGCGGUGGUAUCGACAAGCGUACCAUCGAGAAGUUCGAGAAGGAAGCCGCCGAACUCGGCAAGGGCUCCUUCAAGUACGCAUGGGUGCUCGACAAGCUUAAAGCGGAGCGUGAGCGUGGUAUCACGAUCGAUAUUGCCCUGUGGAAGUUCGAGACCCCCAAGUUCAUGGUCACUGUCAUCGAUGCCCCAGGUCACCGUGAUUUCAUUAAGAACAUGAUCACUGGUACUUCCCAGGCUGAUUGCGCUAUUCUCAUCAUUGCCGCUGGUACGGGCGAGUUCGAAGCUGGUAUCUCCAAGGACGGCCAGACUCGCGAGCACGCCCUCCUUGCCUUCACUCUCGGUGUGCGUCAACUCAUCGUCGCUGUGAACAAGAUGGACACCACGAAGUGGUCCGAGUCUCGCUUUGAGGAAAUCAUCAAGGAGACGUCUACCUUCAUCAAGAAGGUCGGUUACAACCCCAAGGCUGUUCCCUUCGUUCCCAUCUCCGGCUGGCACGGCGAUAACAUGCUCGAGGAAUCCAGCAACAUGCCAUGGUACAAGGGCUGGACCAAGGAGACGAAGGCUGGUGUCGUUAAGGGCAAGACCCUGCUUGACGCCAUUGAUGCAAUUGAGCCCCCGGUUCGGCCAUCUGACAAGCCCCUCCGUCUUCCCCUCCAGGAUGUGUACAAGAUUGGUGGUAUUGGAACCGUACCAGUUGGCCGUGUUGAGACUGGUGUCAUCAAGGCCGGUAUGAUCGUUAACUUCGCUCCUUCCAAUGUCACCACCGAAGUCAAGUCCGUCGAGAUGCAUCAUGAGCAGCUUGUUGAGGGUGUCCCUGGCGACAACGUCGGCUUCAACGUUAAGAACGUCUCGGUCAAGGAUAUCCGUCGGGGGAACGUCGCUUCUGAUUCCAAAAACGAUCCCGCUAAGGAGGCUGCAUCUUUCAACGCCCAGGUCAUCGUCCUCAACCACCCCGGUCAAAUUGGUGCCGGCUACGCACCUGUGCUCGACUGCCACACCGCCCACAUUGCUUGUAGGUUCGCCGAGCUGGUCGAGAAGAUCGACCGUCGGACUGGUAAGACCAUGGAAGCCAACCCGAAGUUCGUCAAGUCCGGUGAUGCUGCUAUCGUGAAGCUUGUUCCUUCCAAGCCAAUGUGCGUCGAGUCCUACAAUGAAUAUCCCCCUCUUGGUCGGUUCGCAGUGCGUGAUAUGAGGCAGACCGUUGCUGUCGGUAUCAUCAAGUCCGUGGAGAAGACCGAAGGUGGCAAGGGCAAGGUCACCAAGUCUGCUGAGAAGGGUUCGAAGAAGAAAUAGACGGGAGGAUUCUAAGAUGUACUUGGUGUUGUGUCAUUCUCUUUCUAGUCCUCUCCUUCAUGUCCGAUGUUCUGUCAUUUGCAAGCUUUGUAUGCAUUCACACGCUCCACGAAGAUACUCUGUGACAGAUCAUCAUAAAGACCAUAAGACAUUUGUGCGUGUUGUUACAGUAAUGACAUGAUAUAACACC